ACCCACCCGGGCAGUCACUCUUUCAAUCCGUCCUCUCCGGACAGUCACUCGUUUAUUCUAGUUCCUAUUAAUUCUACAAUGCUUCGUUCUUUGCUUUUUCUUACCGGCCUGGCCGCAGUUGUGCGUGCAGAUGACCGGCCGCAGUAUGUCCCUGGACGAUACAUUAUUCAGUUGAAGCCAGGGUCCGAUGCGGGAGCCAUUGCUGCGCAUCAUGAAGCUGUGCGGAGCCUCGCGCGCCGCGACGUCGGCGCCGCCCAGGCUCAGGCCAACCCUCUGGAAAAGCGCAACCCCCAGUGCAAGGUCGUCACCGUAACCGAAACAGUCUAUGGAGACGUGCCCGCACCUACAUCUACGGUUGCUGCCGCUGCGUACACACCUGGAGCCGAUAUCGACAACGCCGUCAAGCGUACUUUCACUGUUGGACAGGGCAACUUCCACGCCUACGUCGGCAACUUUGACGAGCAGGUUAUCAAAGAGAUCGAGAAGCUUCCUAAUGUUGUGUGCGUCGAGCCGGAUGAGUAUGUAUACCUGCCAGGCAAUUGGCCCAUCGCCGGCAAGAACCCUUACCCCGUCGCUGGAGGAUCUUCUCCGAGCUCUGCUGUGGAUGCCCAGUCUACUUGUACCGACAGCCCAUCUGCUCAUCCAAGUGGCUCUGGCUACCAGAGUGGAAAAAUCAGCACUCCUGGCUCUUCGCGCCCUACAGCCUACCCUGGAAAGUACCCUACUGGAAACGACACAGCUUCUGCCUUCCCCACCGCCACUGCCAGUGCCGCUGCUGUUCCCACUUCCUCUGCCACUGCUAUCCCCAGCCAAGUCCCUACCAAUGGAACAUCACCCAACAACUCUACCUCCUUGUUGACCCAACAGAGCACCAGCAUCUGGAACUUGGACGACCUCUCGCACAAGGCCGGAGUCGAAGGCUCAACCAGCUACACCUACGUCUACGAUGAAUCCGCAGGCAAUGGCCAGACCGCCUACGUUUUUGACACGGGCAUCCGCUCCACCCACUCCGAAUUCGAAGGCCGCGUCCGCUUCGGCAUCAACGCCCUGACCAACUCCACCGAUGGCGCCGCCGACGGAAACAACGACAACACCGGCCACGGGACCCACGUCGCCGGCACGCUCGCUGGCAAAACCUACGGCGUCGCGAAGAAGGCGUUCCUCGUCGACGUCAAGGUCUUCGACACUGGCAGCGCAACCAUGUCCUCCAUCCUGGCCGGGCUCGACUGGGCGUUCAAGGACGUGCAAAUUCAGGGUACCUUUAAGACCGCUGUCUUCAGCAUGUCGUUUGGCGCGCGCACGAGCUCGACCACAUUGGAUGCGGCUAUCAAGGCUCUCUACGACUAUGGCAUUCUCACCGUCGUCGCUGCGGGCAACGAGAACAAGGAAAUCGGAAACACGUCCCCCGCGCGCCUCGCCGAGUCUUUCACUGUUGGAUACACGAACCAGCAGCGCCAGCGCGUCGAUUCCUCUUCUGGCGUCGUGGGCAGCAACUACGGACCCGAGUUGGAUGUCUGGGCGCCGGGCUACGAGAUCGUGAGCGCGGACUACCUCAGCGAUGACGGCACGCGGGUGGAGAGCGGGACGAGCAUGGCGACGCCGCUUGUGUCGGGCUUGGUGUGCUAUCUUAGGGCGAAGGAGGGCGGACUGGGCACUCCGAAGGCGGUUACCGACCGAAUUCUGGCGCUUGCGACGAAUGGGGUUGUCGGCGAUGUGAAGGAUAGCAAGAACGUGCUUGUGUAUAAUGGGAGCGGACAGUAGGUGGAUGCAUUAGGCAUUGUUUAUAUAGUGUGAAGCAUUCUCGUGUGCGCUCUUAUGUGUAUGUGUAAUUGGAGCAGAACAGCAUAGC